CAUUCCCUGUCCGGCCCAGCUUUGAAAACCUCGUCGCCUACCUCUUUCACACUUCCUUCGAAAAAUGGGCGCCGCCGCCGUCCUCCUUCGCGCCGCCCUCCGCCGGAGCCGCCCCGCCGCGGCAGCUCUCCUCUUCCCCCGCACCCUUCCUUCCCCGCCAGUUCGGCUACCUCCCCCUCCUCUCGGUAAGAUUCCUCUCCCCUCUCAAACCAAACCCUUCAACCCUCCUCGUCUCACCGUCCAGCUCCCCGAUGCAGCCCGUGCUUCACCUCUCCUCCCGCGCCUUCCAUUCUCCGCCGGCAUCUCGUACUCCACCGUUGCAGAGAUAUCGGAGCCCCCCGCGAAGCCCAAGGGCAAGCCAAAGAGGAGCCCAAUGAAGCAGUCCCGCGUCGACUUCACCAAGGUGGACGCGGCGCUUCUCCCCACCAUCAUCCUCGUCGGCCGCCCCAACGUCGGCAAGUCCGCGCUCUUCAACAGAUUAAUACGGAGGAGGGAGGCAUUGGUGUAUAAUACACCUGGAGACCAUGUCACCCGCGACAUUCGAGAAGGAGUUGCCAAGCUUGGAGAUCUUCGUUUUCGCGUGCUUGACUCAGCUGGACUUGAGACUGCAGCAACAUCUGGGAGCAUUCUUGCUCGGACGGUUGACAUGACAGGGAAUGUGUUGGUCAGAUCUCAAUUUGCCAUUUUCUUGAUUGAUGUGAGGGAUGGCCUACAGCCACUGGAUCUUGAGGUCGGGCAAUGGCUACGAAAACAUGCAUCUGGUAUACAUACCAUUGUCGCAAUGAAUAAGUCUGAGUCACUUGAUGAGCAUGGAGUUUUGACCUCGGCUGCUGGAGAAGCCCACAGGUUGGGUUUUGGUGACCCAGUUGCAAUAUCUGCAGAGACAGGCCUCGGGAUGGCAGAGCUUUAUGAGACACUCAGGCCAUUAUUUGAGGAAUACAUGUUUCAGCUUCCAAAUAAUGGACUAAAUCAAGAUGACCCUACUUCCGAGGCUGAGGCCAAUGAAGGUGAUGAAAGCAAGCUACCUCUGCAGUUAGCAAUUGUGGGACGUCCUAAUGUUGGGAAGUCGACCCUACUUAAUGCCUUGUUGCAAGAACAAAGAGUUCUGGUUGGUCCAGAGUCAGGCUUAACAAGGGACUCCAUCCGGGCUAAGUUUCAAUUUGACAACAGAACUGUAUAUUUGGUGGAUACUGCUGGUUGGAUGGAAAGAGCGGGAAAGGAGAAAGGGCCAUCAUCACUAAGUGUGGUACAAUCAAGAAAGAAUCUGAUGAGAGCUCAUAUUGUAGCUCUUGUGCUUGAUGCAGUGAAGAUCGCAAAGUCAAAAAGUAGCGUGGAUCAUCAGGAAGUUAUGAUAGCACGGCAAGCAAUCGAAGAAGGCCGUGGACUUGUUGUGGUUGUCAACAAAAUGGAUCUCCUUAGAGAAAACCAACGGUUGUUAGAAAAAGUGAUGGAGGCUGUUCCUAAAGAAAUCCAGACAGUUAUUCCUCAGGUUACAGGAAUACCAGUUGUGUUCGUGUCAGCAAUGGAGGGCAGGGGGCGGGUUGCUGUUAUGCACCAUGUUAUAGAAACUUAUGAGAAAUGGUGUUUUAGAUUGUCAACUUCACGCCUGAACCGCUGGUUACGUAAGGUUAUGAGUAGACAUUCAUGGAAAGAUUCAGCCACACAGCCCAAAGUGAAGUAUUUCACUCAGGUGAAAGCGCGGCCACCAACAUUUGUCGCCUUUAUGAGUGGGAAGACUGAACUAUCUGAUACAGAUAUCAGGUUCUUGACAAGAUCUCUCAAGGAAGAUUUCAACAUCGGGGGAAUACCAAUCCGGAUCCUGCAGCGUUCUAUUCCAAGAAAAGUGUCGUCUUUCAAGAGCAAUAUCAAGAAAAGAGGAUCUACUAUAAAAAGGAUGAAAACAGACAAAAGAACAGAAGUGCCUGAUCCCACUCAGACAUGAUUUUACAAUGUCACCAAAGCACCUCCCGAUUCUCAGAGGACCUGGUAUUUGUGUACCAUUCAUAAGGAAGUCAUUAGUCAUGACCUGCAUACUUCCGUUGGAGUUAAAGAUGCAGAGGAAAUCCCUGUCAUUAUACAGACUAGCAGAGGAAACAGAAAGCUGCCGCCUACCAAGCACAGCAUGUGGACAGAAGAAAGUGAGCUUGAAGUGAUCAACAUUUAAAAGUGAGGAUCACUGCAAGAAGCAAGCUCAGCAUUUUCAAUUUGCAAAUAGGGCAUUUUCUCGUAGCAUUGGGAAGAGCUGAGCUCCAAACACCCGUGGUUAUGGUUGAAGACAGAACCUCUCAAUAUUAUGGUAGAGAAACAGGUGGUUGGUAUCUUGGAGCGUCGAGGUUCUUGUAAAUUUAUCGGACAAAGACAUGUCCAUUUCCCUUCUUGUAUUCUCCUAUAUAAAUAAGAGAAUGCUCCGACAAGUAUGAAAUGUUGCGGAUCAUGGCCAAACUACGAGUUAGAUGUGUUUACAUAAUGUUUUUUUUUGCGGGGGGUGUUUACAUAAUGGUUAAUGUACUCUUGCUGUAGAAGUUCCCGACCUGACCUGACAACGUUGUUUUUGAGAUGGACAAAUCUUUGUAAAGCUCGUCUGUUAUUUCCUUUGUA